CUCCGCAGAGCGCGCGCUGGACGACAUGGCGGGACGUCGUGGGGCGCUGAUUGUGCUGGAGGGUGUGGACCGCGCGGGCAAGAGCACGCAGGGCCGCAAGCUGGUGGCUGCGCUGUGCGCCGCGGGCUAUCCCGCUGAGCUGCUGCGCUUCCCCGAAAGAUCAACUGAAAUUGGCAAACUUCUGAGUUCCUACUUGGAAAAGAAAAGUGAACUGGAGGACCACUCGGUGCACCUGCUCUUCUCUGCAAAUCGCUGGGAGCACGUGCCAUCCAUGAAGGAGAAGCUGAGCCAGGGUGUCACCCUCGUUGUGGACAGAUAUGCGUUUUCUGGUGUUGCCUUCACAAGUGCUAAGAAGAACUUCUCCCUGGAUUGGUGCAAACAGCCGGACGUCGGCCUUCCCCAGCCUGAUCUGAUCCUGUUCCUUCAGCUGGGGCUGGCGGAUGCUGCCACGCGGGGAGAGUUUGGUCUUGAGCGCUACGAGGACAGAGCUUUCCAGGAACGGGCACUGCAGAGCUUCCAGCAGCUCAUGGGAGACUCGACUCUGAACUGGAAGGUAGUCGACGCUUCCAGGAGCAUCGAGGCUGUGCACGAGGAGAUCCGCGUGCUCUCUGAGGACGCCAUCCGCAAUGCUGCGCAAAGGCCACUGGGGGCGCUGUGGAAGUGACCGGGCCCGCCUUGGGGUCCUGGGGUUCCUGCUCCUGGUGCGCCUCAGCUCAUUGGGAAUUUAGGGCUGGGGUAUGCCAGGGAUCCCAUCACCAUGGACCUUGGAGGUGUGGGUACCAAGUCGGGUGGCAGAAGGUCCUCCUCUGCCCACUCCCAUGUCCUGAGUGUGGGUAUGUUGCGUGUGUGGCACAGGGCUUGGAGCUCAGGGGAGCUCUCCCAACAGAGCUACACCCCAGCCUUUCUUGAGCUACAUUGUCUAGACUAACUUCCAACUUGUUACAUCCCCAGUCCUUUUUUAUUUUGAGAAGGUCUAAGUUGCUUAGGACCUUGCUUAGUUGCUGAGGCUGGCCU